AAAUAUUUCGAGUUUAUAUUUGUUGUUCGUUCCGAUCCCCUAUCUGAUCGUCCAAGUCCAAUAUGGCCUCUUCUGAGGUUAAUUUAUAAAGAGUUUUGAAAAGAAAACAUUAUAGCAAACUUUUAUUUAAGUGUAGAAGGUCCAUGAAUGCUUCAUAGAGAUCUACUGGUGAACGAUAAAGACUUUAGUGUAAUCAUGGAACACUUUUUAAUCUGAAAUGUCACCAUCUAUUUUUUAAUGGGUUUAUAUAAAAUAUACCUGCUUAAAGUAGGCUAGUAAUAUUAAGGUACCGGUACGUACGUACGUACGGGACCUUACUUUCGCAAUCUUAUUCUGUAUUCGAGCGAUACCGGCAGCAUGCAGUGGCUGUGCAGAAUCAAAGCGUGAUAAUGAAAUCCCGAUUUCCUGCAAAUUAAGUUCCUCGGUCGAUAACAAGACCCUUUGCGACAUGGAAGAUGAUAAAGUCAAGCUCCUGGCUGACCACGGAGAUGAGAGAAACUCGAGAAGCAUCCAAGUUCAGGAUACAGACCAUUCGUCAGGUGAUGUAGGAUCUGGCCCUGUUCCAGACGAUCCGUCGGAUGUACACGUAAAUGGUCCCAACAGCAACCAAGCCUCCAUCAACCCAACUUCGGACCCUGAAAACGGGGAUGAUGAAGAAGAAAAGAAAUCCAAACCACUCACCUUGAAUCAGAAGCUGACGUUUGCUGGGAUCGCCUCUAUGUACCUGACGUCUAUGAUGUCCUUCUCAGUUCUGGCUCCUUUCUUUCCAAAUGAAGCAGAGAAGAAAGGUGUUACCCCAGCUGAGACAGGACUGGUGUUUGGUAUCUUCGCUCUUGUCAGUUUCAUCUCAUCUCCAUUCUGGGGAAAAUAUCUACCAGUGAUUGGAGCUAAAUUCAUGUAUCUAAGUGGGUGUUUCGUAGCAGCUGGCUGUAAUCUCUUAUUUGGGUUCUUGGUCGACAUUGAAAGCAAGACCACUUUCCUGGCCUACUGUUUUGCCAUUCGUGUUGUGGAAUCACUGGGGUCUGCAGCAACGAUUACAGCCGGCAUGGCGAUUGUUGCUAACGUCUUCCCCGAUAAUAUAGCACAGAUGAGUGGUAUGCUCGAGUUAUUCAGCGGUCUUGGGUUUGCAUGCGGUCCUCCGCUUGGCAGUUUAUUUUAUGGAAUAGGUGGUUAUAAACUCCCUUUCAUUGUUCUAGGCUGCACAGCUAUGGUCAUAUCUAUCAUUGAUAUAUUCAUUCUACCCAGUUUAAAAUCUGACAAUAAAAAGGAGGAGUCUGGAUCUGUGUUGGCAGUGCUGAAGAUCCCUGCUGUAUCGAUCGUUCUUGCUGCCUGUAUGUGGGGGAGCGCUUGUCUUGGCUUCAGUGACCCUACAUUAUCUAUCCAUCUCACUUCACCUCCACUCAACGUGCAUCCAUCCAUGGUAGGUGUAUUAUUUCUUCUCAUUGGUGGAACUUAUGGACUCUUUGCACCAUUCUGGGGCUACAUUGCCGAUAAAAAGAGAGUAACCCGUUUUAUGAUGGUCAUAGGUUUUUACAUCACAGGAAUAUCCUUCAUGCUGAUUGGUCCAAGUCCCCUUUUUAAUGUUGAAGGUAAAUUAUGGAUCAUCAUCUUAUCUCUGGCAUUACUUGGUUUUUCUAUAGGAAUAGGACUUAUGCCAGCAUUUCUUGAUCUCCUGAUAAGUGCCAAAUGGUACGGAUUACCUGAUAAUCUUUCAACUCAAGCGAUAUUAUCUGGUCUGUUUAAUGGAGCAUUUUCUUUAGGAACAUUUGUAGGUCCGACAGUUGGAGGCGCCCUCGUCAAUCAAAUGGGAUUUGAUUGGUCAUCCACGAUCUUCGCCGGAGGUUGCUUUGUGGUCGUUAUUGUUCUGUCUCUGUUUGGUGUGUGGGAAUACCAGUGCGGAAAGGGGCGAAGAAAACCAAAGCAUAUGAGGAGUGAGCCAUACCCUUCCAUUGUAGAAGACGCCAACCGUGUUGUAACGGCUUGAACUAAGACCUCUCAUACCUACCUCCAGGACAGUCUACUGUUAAGCCUAACUUAAAUAUUGUAAUCAUUACAGAUUUGCCCAAAAAAAAAAAAAAAUCAUUCAACUCAAUUCUGUUUUAUAAUAUGAAAUUACUAUGUGAAACCUCAUCCACAACUUCUCAUUCAUGAGUGAACUUUAUGGCAAGUCAGGCAUUUUUUUUUUUAUUGAAUAAAAACUCAGAUUAAUUAAUUGAAAUUAAUCAAUUCUAGUCGAUUAAGAUUAAUUUAAUAGUCCUGGGGUGGUGUUUCACAAAGAUUUAAGUAUGACUUAAGUCGCACUUAAAUGCCGACGCGCACAUGAUAUGCCGACGCGCGCAUAAAAUGCAACGCGCGAUCAGUUUGAUAGAUACGCAGUAGUGCGCGUCCUCAUGACACGAUCUGACCAAAUGCGAUCAGGCCUUUCAUACCGUACGCAACUCGGUAUUUAACUUAAUAGAUUAUUAAGAGAUAAUUUGGCAUUUAUCCUAUAUAAAAGCAAACAAUUUGUUUGAAACCAAUUUGAAGCUGACAGUAAUCCAACAGUGUACAAUACUGACCAUAUGGAUAGAAUACUAUUGCCAUUCACUUUGCGACAUCCAUAUAAGACUGGAAAACUGUCCAGAUAUUCUGUGAAGCUUGAAAACAGUUUGAAUACAAAUUCUGCUUCAAAUGUUUGUCAUAGCCUAUGUGUCUACAUGUAUAUGUGUAUGUGAUGUGCAUGCACCCAGUGCUGUGUGCCACACCGUUGUAUCCGCAUGGUCUACUAGGAAGUGGUCUAAUUGUCAGAACAUCCAAUACCAUCAUGCCUAAACCUACUUGGUCUGAUAUCAAUUUUGUCCAAUUGCUUAUUGGUACCCCCAUCACUUGGUCCAAUAAACCGAUGUGAUGGCUCAGUUCGUAGAGCAUCUGUCUCUGUACUGGGAGAUUGGGAGUUGAAUCCCUGGCCGCAUCAGACCAAAAAGACAUUAAAAGAUGGGAGUUUCUGCUACCCUUUUUGGCGUUCAAUGAUUUAAGGAAUAGAGUAACAUCGAUCUGGCACUGCACAGUGGCUGCCAGGCCCACGAUCAAUUGGGCAAAAUUAUUUUUUUGAAGUAUUUCUAUUUCAGAUUUUGAUUUUUGUAUGUGUGUGAAAGUUGUACAUGCACACAGUGCUGCCUUGUAACGUGGACACAGCGCAUACGUAUCUAUUAGAUGCAAUAAAAGAUGGAGUAAGCGUGAGUCAGCGAGUAUUUCAGUGCCAUGAAAAAAAAAUCCACAUGUAUAAUUGAGAUAUGUUGCACGUUGUUCUGACUGUUGAAUGAGGGCAUUGUAAGUAAUUUAUAUUCAAUUCCAAAUCAAGUAGAAAUCCCCAAAUCAUGCAUAAGUCCUUUGAUUAAAUGCAAAAUUGUAGUUGAUUGAUUUGUAUUAAACUGCAUUUCUACUUUUCUGCAACACCACAUUAUACUUCGAUUUUGAAACUUACAUAACAUUCCAGUAUGAAAUAAGAUUUCUUAUGUGCAUGUAUUGGUAUAUAUUUCUUUGUUGUAACAUUUUUCUUGAAGCCAUUUGAUAAAUACAUUUGUCCCAUCCCUUGUAUUUUUCCGGAUUUAUCUCUGUUUAAAACUUCAUCUGAUUAUUAAUGAUAUUCCAAAAAUAUCGUUGUUUGAGAUGUUUUUGAAGUGAAGUAAAAAUGGGGAAUUCCCGCUCGGGCAUUACCUAAAUCAGAAUGAUCUUUUGUCAAUUAUAUACAAAAACUGAAAUCAUUGACAUUGAAACUAGAAAUUAUAUGAAUUCAUUUGCAAGAUCUUAUCAUGUAUUCAUUUGGAAAUGGUGAGAUGCACUUUUGAGCCAUUUUUGGUGCGAUAUCGUAUAGAAAAUGUUUAACUUUUGAAAUUGGGUGCUCUGGUGUGAAGAAAUUGGUCUUAAAGUAUGUUGGUGAUUUGAAUGAAAAGAAGUCUUUACAAUGACAGUAUUACUCAUUACAGACUUAAAUGUGUGAAGCAUUUAAGAGAUCGAUCCUUACCCCUUUACGUGAUUAAUAUGUUAAAGGUAAAUGCUAGUUUUGGUAACGAUAUCAAAAUGAGUUCGUACAGAAUCCAAUGAAAUGACCACCAAAGUGUCUGUUUGUAUGAAUAAAACGCAUGUGCCAAAGGAUUCUGGAAGAAAUUGUGUAAUUGCUGAGAAAUCAGCAAAUAAGCACAGGAUUCGGGUAGAGCGUCGGGCCCGACGCUCAAAGCAAUAAUUAUACACUGUCCCACGUGCGCUUAUCUGUGUUGGGAAAGUUCAGUCUGAACAUUUUUCAGCGUAGAUUUCAAGAUUUCACAAAGUUCAGUUUAUGUCACUGUACCAGAUCUAGAUCCUCGAUGAUAUACUGACAGUUAAGCCUGGUUUUACAGACUUUCUCAUGAAAUCAGUGUUUACUGCAACUACUGGAAUUUCCCUUUAAAUAUGGAUCCUGUCUUACAAAGAGUUCCAAUUGAUCUGAUCAAUAUUAACUACUGUGUGAUUAAAAAUAAACCUGACACCUCACAAAUCUCCAACUGAAGGGGAGGAAAUGCAGUAAAACAUAAUCAUUAUCUAUGGCCUGAAAGAGUAGGUUCGCCCAAAUAAUUUGAUACCAUAUUUAUGUGGUAUGUGUUAACACUUGGAUGAUCAGGAGGUAUUCUUUGCAGUGAUUUAAAUAUUUGUACCAAAGUAAGGCGUAACUGCAAUGAAUGAAUACAGAUGUGAAUGAUGUCAUAAUCCUAUAACGGUUGCAUGAAAAUCCAUUUGGAAACACCUUUUCAAUGAUUUACAUUAUGAUUGUUUUAUAAACACUUUUUAGUAUCUAUUCUCAAGUUAAUUUAAUUGAAAAGAGAUUUGCAAAUAUAUUUACUAACUCCUGUGGGAUUAUGACAUUGGCAUCUGGAUUCAUUAAUUGCAGUCAUGCCUUUGGUGCAAAUCAAAAUUUACAUCACUGCAAAAAAUAGCUACUGCUUUUCCACUAAGCAUGAAUACAUACCACAUAAAUAUGGUGUCAAAUUAUUUGGGAAAGGAUACUCUUUCUGCCAUAUAUAAUAAUUAUGCAUUCAUGACAUAUUUUUUCCUUAAAUUUGGGAUUUGUGAGGUGUCAAUUUUUUUUUUACUCACACGGUAUAUGAAAAUCCAUCAUUGUCAAAAUUCUUCCUCCAAGAAAUUUUGACAAUGUCCUUCGUUUACAAAGGGGAAGUACUGUGAUUUGUCAAGACAAUGAUGAAAGUAUGAAUGUACAUCAUAUCAAGAUAAAAUUUUGAACAAACUUGCUUUUUAUACGAUGGCAUUGGUGGCUAUCCAUCGUUGUGGUUGAUCAGAUCAAUCGCAACUCUUUGUAAGAUGGUGUCCGGGGCUCCGUAACACAAAGGUUAGCGAUUAAUCGCUAAAAGAAAUGGCCUAUCAAGAUCAUCGUUGCAUGCACAUUUUGCUCAGUAGACUGACUAUGAACCAAUCAGAAUUGUUCUUUCAAAUUAGCGAUGAAUCGCUUACCUUUUGGGUCUGUUUCAACAAAUUGAAUUUGAGCAUAAAAUGUCCUGCAUGGAUUGUGUUCAUAGGUUUUCUGCAACAAUAUUUAUGUCAGAUGUUUCAUUCCAUUAAACCAAACCUAAAUUUUGCGAAACACAUACUUAUAAUACCACACGGUUGAAUAAUUCUACAUGCGACUGUAGGAUGCCUGCGUAUCUGACCAUUAAGAGAAUGAUUCAUCAGUUUGAUGCACAGGUUUCUAUUUUAGUACUCCAACAUUGCUGCUUGUAGGGAAACUCUAUGUAGUGAGUGUUAGCAAACAUUGUCAACAAUAUAUAUCUAUGUGCCUUACAUACAGUUUUACGUAUUCAAUUACAUUUUAUUUAAAGUAUCAAGAUACAUUAAUGGAAAUAUUUAAUGAAAGGUAUUGAUGUUAUUGUUAAAUAAUCUUGUAAAAUGUGUGUAUAUGGGAUAUUUAUUAGGGUUUUGAUUAUAGAGGUAAAUUUAUAUUUUGAUAUAUUAAUUUUAUACUCGAUAUAGAUUAUCAAACAUUAGCUUUUUAAUUUCACUCUCUUUGGUUAGUCAUAUUUGCACGUAAUCUGUUUGGACUUUUUAUUUGUACAUUCAUGCAUUGAUAGAUACCCGGUAGUUAAACUUAUUUCAGGAUAGUUGAGGAGAAGUAACAGAUUAAUGUGUUUGAAUAUUGGUUGCUGCAUUUUUGUAUUGAAUUAGUUUUAUCAAUCUUUAGUCUCAACCUCCGUGAAUAAUUACUGAAGAAUAUUUCAGUUCAGACAAAGUUCAUACUAAGCUUAUACUAGUUUUACUAAGAAAAGUUAUGGUAUAGUUUUAGGAAUAUAUUGUCAUUUCAGGAAUGGCAGUAGCCUGUUUCGUUUGUAACUUCUUGUAUACAAAACUAUUUAAUUUUAUUUUGGAAAAUGGUUUCCCUUUAAGAAACUAUUUUAUAAUUAUUUAUUUUUAAUGUUAAUAUUUCUCAGGGUUAGAUUUGCACAAUGUCCUUAAUUAACAAUGAACAUAUAUUGAUGAUAACAUGAAAUCAUAUUGAUUCAUCAAUAUUCCAGUCUGUUUAUCCUUGUACAACACAUAAUCAAAUUUCAGUAAGUUUAUUAAGCCUUCGAUUCAGAAUGUUCCAUACUUUGAAAAAAAUUCACAUGUACUGAAAUAAGAUGUAUCAGUAGUAAUGUACAUUAGAGCUGACUGGUUUAGAUGUUGGCAGAAGUAGAGCUCAGUAUAUUCACAUAGUUGAAGGUUUUAAAACAUCUGAAAUAAUUGGUUAAUGCCGCUUUAAUUUCAUAUCUAUGUGAAAUUCUACUGAUUUUUAUUCAGAAUUAUCCAUGCAAGGGUUUUCCUAGAAAUGCAUUUACAAUAUCGAUACAUGUAUGACAUUUAGUUUCUGUAUCCAUGCAAAUCUCUGUUAAUUUCGUUCAGAGUACAUAUGAGGAAAGCACCCAAGUUCAUGAUGUUAUGACAUUGCUUUAAUAAAGGGGAAUCCAACCCAAAUAAAAACUUGCUUUUCAGAGGAAAAAGAAAAGUCAGACAAGUUGUUAGGUGAAAGUUUGAACAAUAGUGGACAAACAAUAAUUAUGAAUUUUUAAAAUUUGUAAAAAUUGGUUAUCACUUUACACAUGGAGACUUCAAAUUGGCAGCAUGUGUGAUGUCAAAUUGAUGUAAGGCAAUGACUAUUCUUCCAUAUACUCCAAUACAUAUAAUUGCUAAAAUGUCACUUUUUGCAAAAGUUUUACUUCAAAUUAUAUUUUUCAUCUAUAAGGACGUAAAACAAUAUGCUACCAGAGAUAUAAUUUUAGAUUACUGCCCCAGGGGAAUGGGUACUUAGGAGAAAACCACAAGUCCCUGAUAAUUGAUUACAUGGCCUAUAGGGAAGUUGUCCUUGCCCCUUGUCAUAAUGUACUUACCCAGUUGCCAAUUUGAAAUCUACAUAGUCUUAGGGAUCUCAAUUUUAGAGCAGCCAUAACUUCCUUAUUUCUUGGCUGAUUUCUUUCAAAUUUUCACCAAUCCGUUUAAAUUAUUUUUCUCCUUCCCAACACAACAUUUUAUGACCAAGGCUGGAUUCCCCUUUGAUUAAUCUUAUCUUCAUAACUCCAUUUUCUAACUUUAAAUGUGAACGACAUUUUCCCAUACUACUUGUACAGAGCCCAUGUUGUCAAGCUUUGCAAUGGUAUACCAGUAGAAUAAAGCUUUACAUUUCAUUGCAAUUACCACAAUGUACAAUCAAUCAUAUGUAUUAUUUGAUUGUAAAGGCUCUGUGUUAUGGGACCCAGCUGAGUGUUUCAUGAAGUACCUUUUCCAUGAAUUUUUCUGACAAAUUUGAUAUCAGCCAAUCAGAUGGAAGGAUUUCAGUAGCUUAUAACAGCUUUCAGUGAAGAUCACUGACAAGACACUGAAUGAAACACCCACUGAUGAUGUGUCCCAGUUUUCUGUAUCUAUUAUACCAACGUGAUCGUUUCAGGUCGGGCUUUUCCCUUUUAGAAAUAAUAUUCAUAAUUCUAAUUAGAAAUGUAAGAAUAUCAAGAGUAGUUAUGAAAAGUGAAAAUUGGCAAAAAUUAUGCUGUUUAUUUGUAUGUAUGCUUUACUUUGAUUAUGAUAGUAAUUAAGUGACUAUGUGAUUCCAGACAAUAUAUAUAUAUCUACACUGCAUCAAUAUAUGACUGAUGACAUACAUUUCAGCAAUCCUAUCAUCGCUUUAAUUUUGUUAUAAGAGGAGUUAAUAUGCAAUGCAUGGUUGAUGCUUAUUCAAUUCAUGUUGAUUCCGUGGAAGUGUUUUAUUUCGUGAAUGUUUAUAUUUUGAAUGACUGUAAUAGCAUACCUUCAUGCCUUUCUGAAAUUUUCUGUAGAAAUCAGCUUCUACUUUUGUAAUAUUUGAAAUUUAUGAGAGGUACUUAACUUCAUUUGUUCACAUUUUUUUAAAUCUUGAAAAUCUAUUUAGAAAUUUUAUUAAAUUAAUGCUAUUUUGAUAAAAAUUAA